AUGCAGUUUUACUUCCUGUCACAACAGAUUAUCACAAAAUACUAUCCAUGGUGGAUCUAUUUUGUUCUAGUCCUCCUUUUACUGCGUUUCAGUCGAGAAACGAAAGACAUAGUUUUUGGAUCCCUUGGUGGUUUUAUGUUCCCAGGCCUCUGGACUACAUUGAAGUAUGACGCUAUCGCCAGAGAUAUCGCGCUUAAGGUACACCUCCAUCAUGUAAAGCGCAAAGAAUUACUGAUGGUGAUGGUUUUCGCAGAAAUUAUACUGAAAUACGUCAAAAUGCAUGCAUAUAUAGAGGAUCAGCGUGUCGCGAUUCAAACAAGCACCGUGGAGGCGGACUCAUUUCGGCUUUGCUCAUCAACCGUCACUCAGCAAUGCCUUGUAUCGAAACAGAAGGCAGAAGCAUUGUAUUCUGCAGCACGGACCUUGGUUACGCGGAUCGACUCUUCUGUUGUGGAUCUCCACCCAAUCUCACUCGACUUGGAUGCACAGGCACUUAGGAUACAAGCCAUCGUAGAGAACUAUUUCGCGUUUAGGGUAUCGCUAGCCGCUACUGCACCGCAAGAUCAACUGCAAGCCGCUCAGCAAUGGGUGGAUUUAGUUAACACAGUGUAUCCGCCCGUUGCCGCAGACCCGGUUAAUGAACAUUUUUUGUGCUUGGACGAGGAAGCGACUACAGUACCCAGUUAG